AUGUCAUUGAGUGCAGCAGGCAGAGCCUGAAAGAGGCCCUUUGUUGGCAGCUGUAGCACGAGUAGUCCCUGUGCCUCCGAAACACACUCACACAGGGGACAGGAGAGAGGAAUGGCACCCUUCAGACUGCCCUACUGCCCACUCAAUUGACACAUCUACAGGUCUAGCAAGCUUUUGGACCAAACUUGCGCUUUUGGAUAGUUCUUGUUGUAUCUUACAGAAGUGGAGCUAACCGAAAGCCCAAAAGCAAAAGAGGGAAAAAAACAUGGAGACGCUCCGAAGAGAAAGUUGAUAGACUUUGCUGGACAGCGUACUCUGCUUUUUCUGUUUCUGAAAGGAGUGAAGAGGAAAAAGAGGAUUAACAACAGCUGAAAGGACAGAGGAAAAGAAAACAAGUAUAUUUCAACACCUAUUUUGGCUUGGUGCUGUUUCUCCUUUUGUCAGUUUUUUUUUUCUUGGUUUGAACUUUUCUCCUGCUGGACACAUGUAGAGGGGAAACGGUCGAGGGAAGUCUGAUUUGAUCAAGCAACAACAUUUUCAAGCGGGAAGGGAAAGAAAGCAAAUGAAAAUGUUGGAGAUAUGCCUGAAAUUGGUGGGGUGUAAAUCUAAGAAAGGCCUCUCGUCCUCCUCCAGCUGUUACUUGGAAGAAGCUCUCCAGAGACCAGACUUUGAGAGUCAGGGUCUGACAGAAGCGGGCCGCUGGAACUCCAAAGAGAACCUUUUGGCUGGACCCAGUGAGAAUGACCCCAACCUGUUUGUUGCACUCUAUGAUUUUGUGGCCAGUGGUGACAACACACUCAGCAUAACUAAGGGAGAGAAGCUGCGUGUGCUCGGUUACAACCACAACGGCGAGUGGUGCGAGGCACAGACCAAGAAUGGCCAGGGUUGGGUGCCUUCCAACUACAUCACCCCUGUCAACAGCCUGGAGAAGCACAGCUGGUACCAUGGCCCCGUGUCACGCAACGCUGCCGAGUACCUGCUCAGCUCGGGCAUCAACGGAAGCUUUCUGGUCCGCGAGAGUGAGAGCAGCCCCGGCCAGAGGUCCAUUUCUCUGCGGUACGAGGGGAGAGUCUACCAUUACAGGAUUAACACUGCGUCUGACGGCAAGAAUCUCUUUCUCCUCCAGCUGUACGUGUCGUCGGAGAGCCGUUUCAACACGCUGGCGGAGCUGGUGCACCACCAUUCCACGGUGGCCGACGGCCUCAUCACCACGCUGCACUACCCGGCGCCGAAGCGCAACAAGCCCACCAUCUACGGAGUUUCUCCCAACUACGAUAAGUGGGAGAUGGAGCGCACUGACAUUACCAUGAAGCACAAGCUGGGGGGGGGCCAGUACGGGGAAGUGUACGAGGGUGUUUGGAAGAAGUACAACCUCACCGUGGCGGUCAAGACACUAAAGGAGGAUACGAUGGAGGUGGAGGAGUUUCUCAAGGAGGCCGCUGUUAUGAAAGAGAUCAAACACCCCAACCUGGUACAACUGUUAGGUGUGUGCACACGCGAGCCGCCGUUCUACAUCAUCACAGAGUUCAUGACCCAUGGUAACCUGCUCGACUACCUGAGGGAGUGCAACAGAGAGGAGGUCAAUGCAGUGGUGCUGCUCCACAUGGCCACACAGAUCUCCUCUGCCAUGGAGUACCUGGAGAAAAAAAACUUUAUACACAGGGACUUAGCUGCCCGUAACUGUCUGGUCGGGGAGAACCACCUGGUAAAGGUUGCAGACUUCGGCCUGAGCAGGCUAAUGACUGGAGACACUUACACAGCUCACGCUGGGGCCAAGUUCCCCAUCAAGUGGACUGCUCCAGAGAGUCUGGCCUACAACAAAUUCUCUAUUAAGUCUGAUGUCUGGGCAUUCGGUGUGCUGCUGUGGGAGAUCGCCACCUACGGCAUGUCUCCCUACCCCGGCAUCGACCUGUCCCAAGUGUACGAGCUGCUGGAGAAGGACUACCGUAUGGACCGACCAGAGGGCUGCCCCGAGAAGGUCUACGAGCUCAUGAGGGACUGUUGGAGGUGGAACCCCUCAGAACGUCCAUCUUUUGCUGAAACCCACCAAGCCUUUGAGACCAUGUUCCAGGAGUCCAGCAUCUCUGAUGAGGUGGAAAAAGAGCUGGGCAAGAAAGGGAAGAAGGCGACAUUAGGCCCCGUCCAGCAGGCUCCAGAGCUGCCCACCAAAACCAGAACUCUCCGCAAAAACAUGGACAACCGGGAUGGAGAUAGUCCAGACCCAGCGGAGCUGGAGGUAGCUGUGUCAUCUCCCAUGCUCCCCAGGAAAGAGCGCCCCCUCCUGGACAGUAACCUGAAUGAGGAUGACCGCUUGAUUCCCAAAGACAAGACCCGUGGCAGCGGCUUUCUCAGUCUCAUAAAGAAAAAGAAAAAGAAUGCACCAGCUCCGCCCAAACGCAGCUCCUCUUUCAAAGAUAUGGACGUCCACUCUGACAGGAGGGGCGUGACUCCAGAUCCUCGAGACAGCGACGGCUUCAACAACGGUGCAUCAUUGGCCAUUAAUGACAUCACACAUGGCCUCGACCCUGCAAAGUUCCUGGGUAACAAUAAUGGGGCAGGAGGCAUCCCCAACGGGGCUCCUACCUACCCAGGACCUUUGUUUCCUAGGAAGAAGGGAGCUCCUGCGGUGCCUGGCCCUGGAGGAAAAGCAGCUACGACACCGCCCAGCGAGGAGGAGUCCAUGUCGAACUCGAAGCGUUUUCUCCGGUCCUCUAGCAUGCACACCGGCUCAGAUGGCACCGAAUGGAAGUCUGUCACACUACCGCGAGACCUCGGCCAGCGCCACUUUGACUCAGGCACCUUUGGGGGCAAGCCAGCUCUUCCACGCAAGAGAACCAGUGAGCAAAAAGGGGAAAACAACCGUCGAAUGGGCACCCUGACUCCCCCGCCACGUCUGAACACCUCAUCGGAUGGUUCCUCUCCCUUCUUAGGCAAAGAGACUGAUGCCAGUCCUGGUUCCAGCCCUCAGGCGUUAACACCUAAGGUGGUCAGGAGGCCAGGGUUGCCGGGAUUGGAGAACUCCAAGACCAGCGCUCUCCAUGCUGAGCUUCUCAAGCCCAAUGUGUUCCCCGCUUUAGGGGCAGCGGGAGACGAGUGCAGGGCCCGCAGACACAAGCACGGUGUGGACUCUUCAUCCGUCAGGGAAAGAGGAAAGUUACAGAAACCCAAGCCAGCCCCACCUCCGCCACCCACCAAUGCCAAGACGGGCAAGAUUUCCCGCAGCCCCACUCAAGAACUCCCCACCACCUCAGACAUUAAAGCUAAGGGCCUCCCCUCUCUCUCAGAGCCUCACCAUACAACCACUGGCAGUGACCAAGCCCGCUCCCCCCUCAGUGAAGGCUCCAAGAAGCUGUCCAUGGGCUCCACCUCCAAACCUCAACCGUUAAAGACCUCCACCUCAGCGAGCGCCUCCCUCUCCUGCCAGAGCCUAGGAGGCUUCCCUUCCUCUGUCACCUCCCCCGGCGAUCUGAGCUCACCCACUGCCUUCAUCCCCCUAGUGAACACCCGGCGCUCCCUCCGCAAGACUGCACCCCGCCAGGCUGCCGAGCGUACCCCCAACUCGGCCGUGACGCGCGAGAUGGUGCUGGAAGGCACCGAGCUGCUCCGCGCAGCCAUUUGUCGCAACUCGGAGCAGACGGGUAGCCACAGCGCUGUGCUCGAGGCCGGCAAGAACCUGUCGAAGUACUGCGUGAGCUACGUCGACUCCAUACAGCAGAUGAGGAACAAGUUUGCCUUCCGCGAGGCCAUCAACAAACUUGAGAGCAGUCUGCGUGAGCUGCAGAUCUGCCCCACCGCCACAGGGGGCGCCAACGCACAGCAGGACUUCAGCAAGCUGCUGUCCUCUGUCAAAGAGAUCGGUGACAUUGUUCAGAGGUAGCGCCAUAAAAUCCUAAACUACCAAGAUGUAAAACUGAUAUCAACCGUAUCUUACCAAAACCCUUUUUAUCGGAGCAUGCGCACGUACUGCGGCCCAUGCCGAGCUUGUGUCCGAGAUCUGAGGGUAAAGCCUGCGGUUGAGCAGCAACAGAGCGUAGGUCUCACACUACAGCGCGUUCUGAAACACUUAAGCCUGUGGUUAUUGUGGAUGGAAUCAAAGGAAUCUCUCUGUAGACGUCGUCUGACAGAGUUUGCAAUAUUGAAAAGCCCUAACCAUGACUAAACGGUGUCUUUUGGCCUUCAUGAGUGGCAAGGGACCAAUUCUUUAUCAACAUGACUUUUCACCAAUCAUUUAUGAAAUGAUCAUGUCUAAUCUAUUGUGGUUGUUUUCCCCUUUAUCGAUGACACUAGUACGAAAGAGGCCUGUGAUACUCGUUUUCCAUCACUGUUUAGUGUUUGAUUUUUUUCAUCGACGACAAUGAGCAAAAACAAAACACUUAACCUCAUCUUGUUCUAGGAUGCCUUCUAACAUUUUAAGCGACUGAUCUCAUUUUUCCAUUUUCACGUGUAAGGAUUAGGGAGCUUCUGGAAUCACACAGUGUUUAUAACCUGAUGCCUCCAACACAUGCCAACGUAUUGCAUUGCUUUGUACCAUUUCGUCAGUGAUUGGUUGUGUGUCGAGUGAUGAAAACGUGUCAGUGUUUGGUCUGUAUGAAUGCUUUUUUGCAGUAUUUGCAACCAUGUGCCAUAAAAUAAUAAUGGGAGCAAGCAAAUGAGGCAGAAUGAACUUCUGGCCUUUACCUUUUUUGCUUCACUGCACACUUUGGUAACAAAUAGUGCCUUAAACACUUUUGGCAGUGCUGUACACUUUACAAGUGCAGAAAUGUGGCCAAGUGGUUAAGAAUAGCUGUGUGAAUUUGUUUGAUUUUAAGCUUGUGACUGCCAUACCAAAAAUCUUUGUCUCCAGUCUAUACUGGAGAGGGACCAGGGUGCACGAUCUGCUAUUUAGUGGAUCUGACUGUUAUGUUCUUAGACUGGACCGCUUUAUUUUUAUAAAACUGAUUCAACUUUCCUUUCAUGCCAGUCACAAAAGCCAUCAGUAGCAGCUCGACCUUGCAGCAGCAUGCUGUUUGAUCUGUAAGGAGGGUUCAGAGACUGAAACGGUGUUUCUGACCACUGAUUUGAUGGAGGGUUUGUGUCACAUGGUCUAAAUGCUGUUUCAGAGGCCUUUCCACCCCAGCAGAAAAAGAAAGCGAUGUCCUGGGGGAAACACUGGACUGAAAUGUUAAUGGAUCUCUCAUUUGCUGUCUUAUAAAAUAAUGAAUAAGUGAGAAACUGAAUAUUGUAGACUAAAAGAACCCAUGAUAUUCCACUGUAACAUCAUACGUUCCUUUAUGCUAGUCAGUAAAUGUUGGACAUUUUCAGUAUUCGUGCUGUAGUCGUCUCACCCGAUGUGCCCUGUCUGACUGCGAUGCCUAACAUGUCAACUGCAAGCUGCCUUGACUUCAACACGGUACUGUCAGUGUUGGCUUUUUUUUUUUUAAUUCCACUCCUUUACCAACCAUACCACUAGUCGAAGCUUCCUCACAAAUUUUGUAGAAAAACUUUGCUUUCCUUUGUAAAUAUGUUUUUUUGUCUGUUUCUCUCUAGCCUUGGUGCAAUUUUUGUUGCAAUAAAAUACAAAGCAGUUGUGCUACUUGAAAUACAUUAGUCUUUUCUACACGCGUGAUGUUUUUCUUCCUUAACAGUAAUUAAUAUGCAAUCUUGUUUAUUAAAGCCCGUUUCUGUAGAAGCAAUAACUGAUCACAAAACAGACGCACAGCAACAGGUUAUGUAUAAUUUAUUUUUUCUGUCUAGAGUAUUUUGUCAUUAAAAUCAAAAGGUCAACAUUUUAAAAUCAUAUACACUCAAGAACGCAUUGAAAUGUUAGCACAGCUCCUUAAAAAUUUAUACAUAUGUACUUUUUUUGUACUUGUGGACAGACAAAAGCAGGAAGUGGUCACAGGAAAAAGGAAGACCCAGCCCACCAACUUCCCACAAUAAUAAACCAAUCCCCACUCCCCAAAAGUUAAGACAGCGAUGCAGGCCCCUCCCAUGUGGAGGAGCGAUGAUGGGGCGGACAAAGAAAAUAUAAACAUAACAGUGCCCCAUUCUCCACUCCAUACAGAAAUGAGAGGAAUCAGAGUUUGCAGACAUAAAUACUAGUUUCCACAUAAGGUCAAUCCACUACCUCCCCUCAACCAAUCAACAGGUUCAGUAGUGUGCAGACAGGGGGGGGUGUUUAGGUGUCUGUCCUUUACAUACAUUUAUUAAUAGAAACUAUGUUACAGAAUUUCCCAAGCAUGAAUUACAGGCAACCCACUAGCACAUGAACUGUACAGAUCUUGGCAGAGCCAGCAAAUCAAUAUCUAAAUCCCAAGUAGCGAGGUCAUCACCGAUAGUUUAGAAGCAAUAUAUACAGCUGUCCAAUCAGGGAAACACUAUGGUACAGAAAAAUUGUACUUUAAAAAAAA